AUGCGGUCGGAGGAAGCUUCUUCACCGGAUCCGAGAGAAGAGAGGGGAAAGAAGAUGAGCAGAAACAGAGACAAUCAUCGCUGUUUCUUACCGGAUUCUUUCACGGUCGUCGUCUCCGGGAAGAAUGAAGGAUUCGCCGGUGACAACAAUCUUUGCAUGACUUUUUCCGGUCACCGGCUUUACCUCCUCCGUCGUCUACCUCUCGCCGCCGAUCUCACCAACGAAUCUCUCUCUCGUCUUACAAGAUAA